UUACGAAAUCAUAAUUUUAUUCAUAAAGUUUAAUAUAAAAUGUUUUCCAUAAAACUCCGUCAACUUUUUAUCGUUUCUAAUAAACUAAUAGUGAGGAAUGUUAGAAGCAGGGGAAAGAGGUUAGGUGAUCCUGGAAUAAGAAAUAGGUUACAGGCAUUUAAAAAAGAAAAAAUCCCGCUAGAUAAUGAGGAUGUUGAAGAGUACAUCGAAGAAUCUGAAAGUGAUUUCUUUAACGUUGGAGCUGCAUUCAAUGAACACAUUAAUGAAACUCUUAUUGGCAAACAUGAACUGCGGAAUCGCAUUGUCAAAGACAAAUAUUUCAAGGAAAAUAUGCCAAACUUGUUAACAUGGAGUGAGAAAGAGCAAAUAAGACACUUGGCUACAACAGAACCUGAUGAGUGGACACCCCAAAAAAUAGCAGAAAGUUUUCCAGUUACAGAGCAAGUUGUUAAGAGAUUAUUGAAAUUUCCAUGGAAACCAUCUUCACUGCAAAGGAUUGAAAGACAUGACGCCUCUGCUAUGAGAAACUGGAAACAACUAAAGGAAGGCACUUUAGAAAUACCUGAAGAUCUGAGGCAACACUUCUUGAAAUUCUCCAAUAGAACGAUUCCUCCCCUCAAUCCGAGCUCAAUCAAUAUUGAUGUUACACCAAAAGAUGAAAAAAUAGGAGAAUUUGAAGAAAUCAUAAGAAGAUGCGCUGAAAAAGAAACUAGUAAUUCUGCCUCUAAUGAAACAAAAACAAAGAAAAAUAUUCAAAUAAAUGAAACAAAUAGUAAAGAAGAAAAGAAUUAUAACAACAUCACACUUGAGGAAUUAGCUACAGAUAUACGAAAGCGUAUUAAAGAAGGUCACAGUGUGAAUCUAAAUGACAAAUUAAUUGUAGAUUCUGUGCACAGAAAGGAAGAUAAUGUUGCAAAGGUUUCUACAGAAUUAGAUUUAAUCAAGGAAACUAAACAUGAGAGACAACUGGCCGAAAUUAAAGAGCCGGAAGAUCAGGUUUACAAUGUAACUUACGCAGAACGAAUAAGAAUACCUAAGAAGGCAUACAAAAAAGGUGCGACAUACAAAGUGAACGACUGCUUCUAUGAUGAUGAUGGCAGGUUUUUGUACAGAGUUAUAGGCUUAACAGAUAGUAACAAUAGAGCAAAAGAGUAAAUCUUAGAAUAUUUUAUUUCCACUUUGAUAUAGGGUAAAGACAAAUUGAAACAACAAAUCUUUUUAUUUACAAAUUUUAGGCAUUGUAAAUAAGUAGGGAAGUUUUCAAAUAAAACAAUAUAGUUGAAGCCUUAUUCUUUUUAUAUAAAAGUUAUAUGCAUCUCACCUAGAAUUAAAAAUGUCUUGUACAUAAAAUCUAAACCAAAUCACAAAAAUGAUUACAUUGACUUACACUUGUCCUUUAUAAUUUUAGCAUUAAAAUAUAUU